GUCGGCGCAGGCCCAGUAGCAGAGCAGCGCCCGCCUGCUAUUCCGCCUGCCUGCUCCAUCGCUGCUGCUGUAGGAAAGGCGGAGGAUGAGCUGAACUCCGCGGGGGUUUCUGUCUUCACCUCUGUCACAGGGUGUGGUGUCUGAAAACCAUUUUACUUUAAAAAGGAAAGAUGCUGUCUUCAAAUGAUAAGAAGUUAGAAAAAAUGGAUCCAUUUCACCAACCUUCAGUGUCCAAGCAGAAGACCAGUGCAGAAAUCAUAAGUGAAGCACGAAAUGCAUUACGAACAAUUAGAACCCAAAGACCAUUUACACCCCAGGAAGUCCAAAGGAAACUAUUUGGACCUGCAUCAUCAAGAACACCAGAAAGUAGGCCUCCUUCCUCCUUCAGCCUCCAUGCAUCCAGUUUUGAGUCAUCUGAUUGCAGACCUAUCUCUGGCACCCGUCUCAGUCCACUAGAGCUGAAACCGAAAGCUCUGCCAUCUCCCGCCGUAGAGGAGGAUCCCUGCCUUGCUUUUCCUAAGCCCCCCGUGGACCCUGCGAAGAUUAGAAGAAUAAGCAGUGCCCGGGCACGCUUAUUCAGGGCAGCCUCCCAGGGGGCUCUUCUGCCGAACAAAUCCCUUCCGUCUGCCGAGUCAAAGAAGACAGUGGAAUCCAAAGAAACAGUUAUGAUGGGGGAUUUGACAGUGAAAACAAAUGGGAUUUAUUUAACAGAAUCAAAUGCCAUUGGCAGUUUAAAGAGCCACCCACUUCAACUAACUUACGAUGGAGGCUUCAGAGAAAUCAAAGAGCAGGCACUGUUCAGAGGAACAUCCUUACCACCUCAUCUGAAAAAUGGAGGGGACCAGGGGAAGAGGUGGGCCAGAGCUUCCUCAUGCCCCAGCGUUUCGGACCUGAGCAGGCUGGAGACCAAAGCGGUCUCAAAAGCCAAUUUGCAAGAAAAGGAUACAGAAAUAGAAAUAGACGAAGUCUUUUGGAAUACAAGGAUCGUACCAAUUUUGCAUGAAUUAGAAAAGGAAGAAAACAUUGAAACGGUUUGUGCCACUUGCACAGAACUUCAACAUGCUUUAGAGGAAGGAAACAUGCUUGGAAAUAAAUUUAAGAGAAGAAGUAUUCUCCUGAAGACACUCUAUAAACUAGUUGACGUUGGUUCAGACUUGCUCAGCCUUAAACUUGCAAAAAUUAUCCUAGCACUUAAAGUGAGUAGAAAGAAUCUUCUUAAUGUCUGCAAACUUAUAUUUAAAAUUAGCAGGAGUGAGAAGAAUGAUUCUCUGAUUCAAAAUGAAAACAUUCUGGAAUCAUUACUGGGGGUUCUGAGAAGUGAAGACCUGCAGACUAACACCGAAGCUUUUUUAUACUGUGUGGGGACUAUCAAAUUCAUAUCUGGAAAUCCAAGAUUUCUUGAUGAAAUGAUCAUCAAAGGUACUCUGGGAAUAUUGGCACAUUUGAUAAAGCAAAUGAAUGAGAACAUCAAGACAUGUGGUACAUGUUUGCCUAAUUCAGGCCACUUGUUAGUCCAGAUAACUGCUACUUUGAGAAACUUGGUCGAUUCACCACAAGCAAGGAGUCAGUGCCUGAGUGUCGACACCCUUCCCCAGCUCUGCACAGUGACAGAACUGUAUGUGGAUGACAAGGACGUCUGUACCAAUAUUGCCAGAAUAUUCAGCAAACUAACAUCUUACCGUAACUGCUGUACAGCAUUGGCCAACUGUUCCAGAUGUUAUGCCUUGUUUUUGAAUCUGAUAAACAAAUACCAGAAGAAGCAGGAUUUAGUUGUUCGUAUUGUUUUUAUCCUCGGCAACCUGACAGCGAAAAACAACCAGGCUCGAGAACACUUUUCUAAAGAGAAAGGGAGCAUCCAAACUCUGCUGUCCUUAUUCCAGACGUACCACCAGCUGGACCUGCACUCCCCGAGGCCUGCCUGGCCCAGUCUGCCAUCCGAGGCGGAGGACGUGCUCAUCAAGCUGACCCGUGUGCUGGCCAACAUAGCCAUCCACCCUCGAGUGGGCCCCUCACUGGCCGCCAACCAGGCUGUCGUGGGGCUGCUGCUAACCACACUGGAAUCCAAGUCUCUUGAUGACUGUGAGGAGCUGGUGAUCAACACUACAGCAACGAUCAACAAUUUAUCUUUCUACCAAGUGAAGAAUUCCAUAAUCCAAGACAAAAAACUAUAUAUUGCUGAAUUGCUCUUAAAACUUCUUGUGAGUAAAAACAUGGAUGGAAUCCUAGAGGCUGUGCGAGUUUUUGGAAAUCUCUCCCAGGACCAUGACAUCUGCGAUUUCAUUGUGCAGAAUAAUGUACACAACUUUAUGAUUGCACUGCUGGACACUAAGCACCAGGACCUUUGCUUUUCUGCUUGUGGUGUUCUCCUAAAUCUCACUGUGGAUAAGCACAAGCGAGUUGUCCUAAAGGAGGGAGGUGGCAUUAAAAAGUUAGUGGAUUGCUUAAGAGAUUUUGGUCCUACUGAUUGGCAGCUGGCCUGCUUGGUUUGCAAAACUUUAUGGAAUUUUAGUGAAAAUACCACAAGUGCUUCAGCGUGUUUUGGAGAUGAAGACACCAACACACUCUUAGUCCUCCUGUCAUCAUUUUUGGAUGAAGAACUAGCACUGGAUAGCAGUUUUGAUCAAGAUCUAAAAAACUAUCACAAACUUCACUGGGAAAGAGAAUUCAAACCUGUGGCACAGCAACUUCUAAACCGAAUCCAGAGUCACCACACCUUCCUGGAACCGCUGGCUAUUUCUUCUUUCUAACAACAGACACAGGAAGUCCAGUCUCUCUCAUUCUUAAGGAGUGAUAACAGAUGUGAACUUUUUUUAGUAUUAAAGAAAUAUUGAAAGUUUUAAAAGUACAGAUUGUAGUGAAUAAUCUAAGUAUUUUAAAAUAAAUAAGCACUUCUUAGGUGAUAUAGAAAAAUGAAUAUAUGGGCCGGGGAUUUAGCUCAGCGGUUCUGCUGCCUGCCUCGAAAGCACAAGGUCCCAAGUUCAAUCCCCCAUACCAAAAAAAAAAAGAAAGAAAAGAAAAGAAAAAUUAAUGUACAUGUUCAGAACAUGUAUAUAUUCUGAUGUGAGAAAUAUAAGGUGAAAAUAUGUGCAUUUUAAAAAAUAAAUGACUUUUUCUCCUAAUCUCUAAUAAUUUACUAUUAAUUUUGAAAUUCCAAUUUAACAAUUUGGGAAUUCAAGUGCUUGUCAGUUUAUUAGUUAAAUGAACUGUGCAGUGAAGACUAAUAGUUUUUUUUUUUUUUUUUUUGUACCGGGGAUUGAACUUGGGACCGUGUGCUUGCGAGGCUGGCACCGGAACCACUGAGCUAUGACUAAUAGAUUUUUGACUGUGGAAAGAAUGAUGGUGAACAUGAAUGGGACACAUUACUACAUAGCAUCUAUUAAUCCUUACUAUAUCUAAAAAAUAGAUUUUUCUGAUUAGAUACCAACAUUUUUCUGGUGCUCAUAAAGAAUUAGCAGAAAAACAGAAUAAUGCUCUGGGCCAUUUGCUCUUUAUUGAAUAAGUAGAUGAAAAAGAGGAUUUUACCUUUCUCUUCAUUUAAAAUAAAGCGAGUGGACUAGCAAUGCUUGUAGUCAUAGCUCUGUGUGUCUAGAGAGUUAAUAUAAUGGGUUAGAAAGAGUGCAGGCUCAAUGUAUGACAGACUCGUUUGAACCCUAACUCUCUCCUGUGCUACUUGGGUUGGCCUUGAGCAAAGUUAAUUUCUUCAGUUUAAAUUGUAAAAUGAGAACAAUAUCUGUUUUAUUAUAAAGUAGUUUAGAUGGGCAAGUUGCCCAGUCCAGUGCAGGAUUUGUAGAAGGGCUUCCUAAAUUACAACAUUGUGGUGGCAAUUAAUUUGCCAUUUUUUUGUGGGAUAGGUUUGGUCUUUGAAAACAUGAUUUAAAAAGACAAACAAAUUGAGAUUACUGUUGUUAUCUAUACUGGCCAAAUGAAGAUUUAGUAAAUUUACAACUCUGCUUGGAGAAAAGCUGUUAACAGCUCAUCUGUUACCCUAACAAUCAGCAUGGGGGGAAGGCAGCCAUCCCAGACAGGAUGGGCUGUUGAGGCCCCUUAGAAUAAGCUACAUUUCAGUCAUCUGAGACUCAUCCAUAGUUAGCGCUCAGCAAAAUCCCAAAGGCACAUUUACUUCAUUGUAGUCCAUAAUCCAUAUGUGGGUGCUGAUAAAUCCAGUCUGGCAGGUGAAAUCAGUUUAAGCCUGAAGGGCUAAUCUCCAAAACAUUUAAGGAUAAAAAUCUUAUAGCAAGCUAUAUAUCCUACUUUCAACAAAAAGAUCAAACCUUUCCUCACCUAAAACCUGCUUCCCCUCAGAAUUUAUAGUAAUUUAUGGUAGGAUGCCAUUAGACCUAUUCUCCUUGUCAGAAAGCUCCCCUUCAGACUCGUACAAACUGGACCAUUUGCAAUAACUCACUUCCUUUAAAAAUUGUUUGUGCUAAAAAACAUAAUACAUAUAUAAAAUCUACUAUCUUAAGUACUCAUAUGGUACAACAGUACUUUUAAUUGUACAAUUCAGUAGUGUUAAAUAAAUUCACAUUGUUCUGCAACCUUACUCUAGAAUGUUUUCAUCUUUCAAAACUUAAACUAGGGCUGAGGAUUUAGCUCAGUGGUUCUGUCACCUGCCUUGCAAGUGCAAGGUCCCGAGUUCGAUCCCUGGUACCAAAAAAAAAAAAAACCAAAAAACUGAAACUCUAUACAUAUUAAACAACUCCCUACACUUCUUCCUCUCCUGGAAACCACCAUUUUACUUUCUGGUUGUUUGAAUUUGACCACUUAAAAAUCUCUUAAAUAAGCGGACUCAUACAGUAUACUUCCUUUUGUGGUUGGCUUAUAUCACUUACCAUAAUGUCCUCAGGCUCAUCUGUGUUAUAGCAUGACAAGUACUCCUUCCUUUUUAUGGAUGAAUAAUAUUUUAUUGUGUGUAUUCCAUUUUGUUUAUUUAUCUUAGUGAAUUUUUGGGUUACUUCCAAAUGGCUAUUGUGAAUGCUGCUGUAAGCAUGGGUAUGCAAACAUUUCUUUAAUAUCUUGUUU